ACGCGUGUGGGGGGUCUGUAUAUCACUCUUUUUGGGACACAUAUAUAUAGCAUACGCCUCUCCCUCUCUCUCUCUCUCUCUAUCUCUCCUCAGUUUCAAGCUCUCUCUCUCUCUUCCCUCUCUCUCUACAGGCAGCUUCAAUGGCCACUUUCGGUGCUGCUUCGAAUGCGAAUCCCAAUCCGAACAAGUCGGUUGAGGUGGUGCAAGCUCCAAGUGAUUCUGUAUCAAGUCUUUGUUUCAGUCCCAAGGCCAAUUUCCUUGUUGCAAGUUCAUGGGAUAACCAGGUGCGAUGUUGGGAGAUAAUGCGGACUGGGACCACUGUUGGUAGUGUGCCCAAGGCAUCAAUGUCACAUGACCAGCCGGUUUUAUGCUCAACUUGGAAGGAUGAUGGCACAACUGUUUUCUCUGGGGGAUGUGACAAGCAAGUUAAGAUGUGGCCAUUACUCUCUGGUGGCCAACCAGUGACUGUGGCCAUGCAUGAUGCACCUGUUAAGGAAAUUGCAUGGAUCCCCGAGAUGAACCUCUUAGUCAGUGGAAGCUGGGACAAAACUCUGAGGUAUUGGGAUCUGAGACAGUCAAAUCCAGUGCAUACUCAACAACUUCCUGAGCGUUGCUAUGCAUUUACAGUGAGACAUCCACUGAUGGUUGUUGGGACUGCAGAUAGAAAUCUUAUAGUCUUCAACUUGCAGAACCCUCAG